AUGCAGAUUGCUGAUGUCACAUUGAGCAUAUUUCACCUUUUUCAUUCGUUCAACCAGAUACACAUUUUCUUAGUUUUUACCCCAGGUUGUUUCGUUUCAGACAUAGGAAUGCUUUCUGGCAUUUCUGACGAUGAGAUCCGCUCUAUGCUGUCUAACUACAUGGACGUUGUCCCACCCGUGACUGAGUCUACUCGACAAGUGUUGCUUCUCAAACUUCAGAAGCAUAUGGCAGGCGAUCUGCCUCCGGAAAACAUUGGUGAUUCGAGCAUUGAAAACUUACCGGUCAGCCCGCCGACUAGCCCGAGAAAGUCUCCUCGUUCGAGCACUCAAAUGACUAGUGGUACGAAUUCAGAUGUAUCGCCUAAUAGACAACCCGUUGUUCUCUUACCAACCAUAAGGGGUGAAGUCGUUACAUCCGAACAUAGCGCACGAAAACCAUCCCCGAUUCUCGAAUACGCUGCGCGCUUACCCGUUUACCGUAGGAGAUCUAUUCAUCCGAACAAUCCGAGUCUGGCCAGCCCCUACUCUGAGUUGGCUCUUCCACAUUCUCCGGAGGAGUCAUUGUUCACUAGGACGUUUAACCAGCGGCCAGUCGUUCGUUCGCGCGAUUCCAGUACUUCUUCACCCAUCAAACGAACCCGGCGAUCUCUUGGUUUGCUCGCUUGGUGUUGCAGCAUCCUUUGGACCGUCGUGACAGUUCUGUGGAGCUCAGUCAUAGCUUUCAUAGCUUGGCUCAAUCGAGGACCGAUCUCCCUUCGGUGGAUUAUCGUCAUCUUUCUAGUCGCCGUUUCCUUGAUUUCCAUUUGCAUCCAUUUUCUUUUUGAUGAUCCAUUUUACCAGAAUCCGGUGAACGAGCUUCAUCGCGUUCUGCGCCCGUGAUUGUCGACGGAUUUGAUGGUGGUUUAGCCGGGCACGUGCACAUCCCAGUCUAUAAUUGCAUGUGCUUACAAAUGGGCUCCUCUGACCCACUGUUAUCCAGGAUGUCACUCAGGAUUUGUUGGCACUUUGUAUUCAUUUAAUUGUAUACUUGCUUUAUCUUAGCGGACCUUCGACUGUUCCCUCUGAACAUAUGUCAGUUUGUGCAAGCAAUUAUAUAAAUCGUUGAAGAAGUGUCUUCGCC